AGCUCCAUAGUCGUCCUCGUCGUCGUGGCGUCGGGGGCGUUAUCAAGGACGACUUACAUCACUUACUCUACCACAAGAAAUGAUGGUCAUCGAACAUUCACGAAGCAGUUUGAAAUAGAAAACCACAGAUACGGAAGUCGUCCACUGAACCAACUGGUAUAAAGAGGGUAAGGCUCAACAAUUCGCAUUGCACCUGCGCCGAUCAAGAGCACCGCUCAGGAAACUUUCAAGUACAUGGUCAGUGGUGACUGAACUUUUUUACACAGCUUCUAUGAUUUUGACGAAAAUUCUGACAGCAGGAGAACAGCAUUGCAGCUGCUCUUUGUUUUUCUCUAACUACCGCACCACCAAUUUAUGUUAUUCAGUUUUAGAUUGACAUUUAGUCUCAAACCAAGCGAAAGACGAGCAUUUUGCUUCUCCACGCCUCAAACACUACGAGUUUUGAGAAGACGCCGCAUCAACUCCGCUUUUAUUUCACGAAGUAGCUUCAACUUCUUUUGCACCUCUAGUCUCAGCUUGCAAGCCAUGACGCUUCAUCAAGAUGACGAAUUGGCGACGCCUAUCAGAGCCUACAUAGACGACGCAGCAGCGAAAUCGAGCAACAUCGCAGCCGUUCCACUGCCUGCAGCUGCACCUGGCGCCUCAAUGUGCGAUGACCCGAAGUACUCAAGUAACUUGUGUCAUACUGCUAGACGAGGCCGUGCCACUGUGCUGUCGUUAGACGCAGAGUGUGAUGGGAGCGGUUUAGGUAGGAAAUAGAUGGAACGCGUCGGAGUGGGAGGGAAGAAAAAGAAAAAAGCGCGCCGCAAUGGGGAUGCCUGCGUUCUUCAAAAUGUGUGAACGAAGGGAGGAGCAGCGUGGAAAGAAUGGACGCAGCGCGCCCGUGGCGCGGCCAGCACCAGGCCAAGCCCGCAAGAGAGGGAACGCGGCGGGCAAGGAAGAGUUGCACGAACGGCAUUUGCCCUGCCUUAUCUUGCCCACCAUGCCUUCCUUACUCCGGUGCCUCGCCGCCAUGUCUCUCCCUGUCUUACCUUGCCACCUUGCCGCAGGGCCCGGUCUUGCCUUUCCCCUUUUCCGUUCACCCUUACCUUCGUGCCUAAAAAUGUGCCCCGGUGUAUAAAGCACAUACUUUGCUUGCUACCUUGCCUUGCCUCCCCCUGUCUUUCCUCCUUUAUGCCCAGUGCACGCCGGCCACCGACGCCGUACUUGGCAGUCUGCCCGUGUCCUUUCUGUUUGGCACGCCGUACCGGCAAGGCUGCAUCCGUGGGUGUGGUUUCGUGGCUGGCAGUGAUUCGCCUCCGGAACUGAUAAUUUGUUUCCACCGGUGGCGGUGACUUCGAUCCAGGAUUUGGAUUGUUUGGCCCGUUUUUGCUGAAUGAAGAGGCGCCGUGGCUGAUAAAUAUGGUGCCCUUUGUUCUCGGCCUGAUUGCUGUCGCCUGGGACUACGACUUGCUUUGCUUUUUUUUUUCCCGAUUGCCUGAGAGUGAGACCGUGACUUGCGACUGUCCUCGCGGUUACCUGCGAAGUGGCAACGGACGGAAGCUGUAGACGGGGACGCCAUAUGUUUAGCGUCGCGCACUUUUUUAAGGUAAGUCUGAGCGGUUCAGAUGUCGCCGUUGUUUCGCGCACUUGGUAAAAGCCGCCGGCCUGCACAACAGCUGCGAAGCUUUUCGCGACCAUUUAUUUGCCCUGCCUCUGUACUCGCCGGCAGGCUCGUUUUGGGAUAUAUUGUUUGCAUUUUUCGUUUUCCGGUUCCAAGGAAGCUUGGUUGCGCUCAAUUAUAUUUUUGUUCCAGCGCCUUUGAUCUUUCUCUCUGGCAUGUCGCGCACCUUGGAAGUGGAUGCCUUUGCAAGUGCGGCAGCGGCCAAGACGGGUCGCCCUUCGUGGAGACCGGGCUCUGCGAGCGUAAGGCACGCUCUCCGGAAGGCCGCGACCGCCCCUCAUCUCUUCCGUUUUCUGAAUUAUGUGUAGCUUAUUGCGUCCCGGCCAGUCCUGAGGUUGAGGGAGUUCUUUUUCGGAUAACCUAUCUGGCCAUGUCGGGGCUUGGCCGCGGUUACUCUGCUUGGAGGCAACCGUGAUGGCUUCCUUGGCGGACACGUUUCGGAAAACGCCGCACCUGCCGUCUUGGCCCGUCCAGGUCUUUCCUUGGGCGCCCGGCCUGCUUUUUCCGGGGUCCGCUUCGGCUUCUUUUUCCGCGGCACGCUUUUUGCCUAUGCGUACACGCGCCCGCGUUGACCGCGCUGGCAAUUCAUUACGUAGCACGACCGCACGCACUUCGUGUUUGAAUAUAUGGUAGCCUGAUCUCGAUCUGGGUAUCUUUAGAUUUUAUUUAUUUCUUCAUCGUGGAGCGAUUUUGUUUUUUAUUUUUUCUGCUUUCUCUCUCACAAGAGUCUGAUGUUCUGUUCAAGCGCCCGGCCGGUCGAAACACUUCUGACCAAGCGCCCCGCCGGUCGAAACACUUUUCUUCUGAUGGAGAGUCAGGGUUUGCCGGACUUACGGGUUUAGAUUUAGAUUAGCAUUACACGCCCGCUUCGCCGGGAAGUAUUCAAGGAUAAGAUUAUAUUUAUAAGAUACCCCACCUGUACUUGUUUACAACAGUUGAUGCUGCGCGAGUGCGUUGGCGCUCCGGGGUCAUUCCUUCGUUUGCAACAAAAAAACUACAGGUUUUCUCUUCUUCGGUCGGUUGGCGAAGAGUGCCAAAGUGAGCCGGAGCUGCGCGCAUUGUUGGCGGAGAAGCCGCGGGACUUUGUCCUAUAUGACGGCUUAUGGAUUGCAGAUAUGUCUGAGUCAAAGUUGUAAUGCUACGUGUACGUUGCUUGUGACGAACACGAACCCAACCAACACCAACCCGCUGUGAUGCACAGCCGUGCAUGAUGAUGAUACUAAUUCUAAUUGAUUUGUGGUAAAUUUAAAAUCAAAUUGGAAUUUCAAAUUGAUGAACGACUGAUAGUGAUACUCUGUCUUGCAAUUCCAAUUUCCCAGACUCAGACAUACUUGCAUUUGAUACCUCUUCGAGCCGUCCGGGCGAAUGCACAUCGCUCAGGGCCUCAUGAAGUCCAUAAAUGUCAACAAGUGCACAAAGGUAACUAAGUUGUGUAAGUUAAAUUAAUAUAGAUAAUGAGAAAUUAGAAUUGCCUACUUCAUAGUCGUGCUAAAGCCGAGACAUUGUAUAACAGGACGCGUAAAAAAAAAAUGGCAUUGCUUUGUUGCCAUGAAGACGGACAUGUUUGCUCGCUGACACUGUGGCUCAGGGACACGAGCACCCCACCACGCAUUCAAGCUUGAGACCGGACCCUGAGCGGGGAUUGAUUUUGUAGAGAUACAGAGCUGCUUGACCUAUGGCCAUGUUCUUCAAAUGAAACAUUCUACCAGGCUGGAGGGAUUUUCAAGUUUUGGGUUGCCGAUUGGUUUGGGCUGAUGAACAACAAAAUGGGAGGCGACCUGGAGAAAAUCAAGGACGUUGGCAAGUACCUCAUCGAGUGCUGGAAGGCUUGCGGAAUGAAUAUGGAGCGGGUGAAGUUCAUAUGGACGUCCGAGGCCAUUGAACAGAAUGCCAAGGAAUACUGGACCCAGGUACCAUGACUUUUGUCGAGACGGCUGCUCAGCAUUUGUGUUUAUGUUACAAAGUAGUCCCUUUUUUUUAGACGGCGGCGUUAAGGACUCCGGCGGGGGCUAGUUACUAGCUACUCUCUGCUUAGUUGCCUAGUGGUCCUCAUUGGUGCAGCUGGCGCUCCGGCGGCCCCCAGAACGCCGCACGUAGUCUUGCUCUUUUUGCGCGCCAGAGAACGGGCACGAGUUGCCUAGAUGUAGAUUUUGACUUGCCAGUCCCACGUCCGCACAUCGAAGAAUAACCCGCGUCGCCUUUCCUCAGUAAGCACAGGCUCGCGACCGGGCGCCGACCGGGGCCUCGAAAGAUCGUGGCGGCCUUUCAAGAAAGUUUUUUGCAUAUCCCACAGGGGUAGACGAGUUCGAGUUGUGAGCUGGAAUCAGAACCAGGCUCAAACUCAACCAGCGGAAGCAAACGCGCCGCCCGCCCGGCCCUUGUCGUUUUCAGGGGUCAAGCUUCCUGCCCUUGCCAGCGGAAGCAAGCGCGCCACCGGCCCAGCCCUCCGCUUUCGCUUUCAAGGGGGUCCGCCGGUCCGCCCACAGUGUCAAAGCGAAGUCUGCGCCGUUCUAUCUAAUUCAAGCGCAUCAGGAAGAUAUUGAUAUACACAAAAAUCAUCCAGAUGCUGGACAUAUCGCGUCUCUCGAGUUUGUGGCGCAUAAAAAAGUGCGGUAUGAUAAUGGGCCGAAAGGACGAGGAAGCCUUGUCGGGAGCACAGAUUCUGUACCCGAUCAUGCAGUGCACUGACAUAUUUUUUCUGGACGCGGACAUUUGCCAGCUUGGCGUUGACCAGCGAAAAGUCAACAUGCUCGCGCGCGAGUAUUGCGACGCGGCUGCAGAUGGCCGGAUGAAAAACAGACGCAAGCCGAUCAUUCUGAGCCACCACAUGCUCUAUGGGCUCUUUGCUGGACAGGAGAAGAUGAGUAAGUCCAAUCCCGACUCCGCCAUUUUCAUGGAGGAUAGCGAGGAGGACGUUCGCCGCAAACUACGAAACGCCUACUGCCCCCGCGAACCCACCGUCGAGAACUCGUCUAAACAAAGGAAGCUCGAAGAGGAAGCGAAAAUCAGAUCGGAGCAGCAGACUGCUGCGCAAAACGUGUCGAAGAAAGCCGCGAAGAAAGCCGCGAAGGGCGGAGGUGGUGGUGGUGCAGGAGAUGUUCGCACAGCGGCGAACCAGGCCAGCCUUCUUGCAGAGUUGGAAGACGACAGUAUGCAGAUAGCCGACGCUUUUGACGCAUUGAAGAACCCAGUGCUAGAUUACGUGAAGCACAUCGUCUUCGCCGACCCGCAAGCCAAGCCACUCGCGAUCAAAGGCAAAACUUAUUACACCGAGCAGGCUGUCCGGCAAGACUUUUUAGCGAACCAAAUCUCGGAAGGCGAGUUGAAAGAGGCCGUUAUCGACCGGGUCAAUGCAUUGCUGCAAAAUGUGCGCUCGGAGUUCCAAAAGAACCCGACCGCCCGGCGCCAGCUGGAGCUGGUGGAGCAGCACAAGCAAGCAGUCACUACUGGCGGGCCCGUCAAAACAAGUCUCCGCUGUCUUGCACGGAGUGCUGCGGCCACCAACACCGUCGUCUUCCUGCCCCGGCCAAACGUAUCACAGGGAAAAGAGUCAGAGCGGCAUCGUUUCGGCGCAAGACAUGACACUUUGUCCUCUUGCAUGUCAACCUAAACAGCAUGGGCCCCCUAGGCUCGCCCAGGACACCAGAUAUACGUUUUCGUGUUUCUGUUCAGCUUGUGUUUCUGUUCAGUGCCCAGACAGUAUCUCGCCCACCCAGAGGCGAGCACGCAUCAUGUUGUUUUUCUGUAUAUGCAUGCUUUUCUUUUUUUCGCAGCGAAGUGCGUAUAGCUUCGCAUGGGUCAUUGCGCUCUGUGGUGUUUGUGUUUAUUAUUCUUUGCUUCGCGCGAAAAAAGUAGGAGUAGCCGGGCCCUCCUUAGGAUAUGCUUUCUCUCUUCGACGCCGUUAGAGGCCGAGUUUGGACAGAGCUUGGCCCUUACCCGGCAGAGUUCGACGGCUUGAUUGGUUGAUGCGGCUCGGUUCUAAUCUUCUGAACACUAAUGGUGGACAGUUGGCAAGCGUGGUGGACACCAAGCUGACGGGUGUUUGUCCGCAGCUAAAACGUGCAGCGUUCGGACAUAUGUGACACGGCUGGCGACCAGCCCAGCAGGUAAUUCACCUUGACAAAAAUGAUCGCGCAGCGCGUUGACAAUAUUCCCUCGUCCACGAAAUUUUAUCGAAGAAGCCUGCGCUGCAUUGCUUUGCUUUUGCACGACCUUCCAACUUGUCAAAGAAGCAUGUCUCGCAUUUUGCAGCGCGUCGACGUUCUAGAACUAUAGUACCGACUGACUUCUAUUUCCGGUGUGAUAAAACGCAACGGAUAUCAAUUCCUGUGGCCUUUCUCUCGACGUGGUUCUGCAGACCGCCGCCACAUUGACACAAGCUUACACGGAGGAGGCCGCUGCGAUGGCAGCGGAAAAAUCUAUCAAAACUGACUCUACUGCUGAGGAGUACCUAGUAACGUUGUAUUUAGAAGAUUGGAGCAGCUUUGUGCUUAACAAGUACUACCAUGCAGAAAGGCACACCCAUUCCAUACCUUCCUCGUUUGACUAUACGUAAUUUAUAUAUAGGGCGAAUUCAUCUCAUCACGGAAAUAAAAGACUGUGAUACUGCGCUGCCUGCAAGGGGAGCGCUUUUUGGUCGCGAAAAAUGCACCAGAAGGCCAUGCGGGUUGGAGAUCAGGAUUGGGCAGAAAAAUCUGUAUUGCUUUCGCGCUGUGCUUCUUGAUGAUUGAUUUGGACCCGUCGCUCUUGGUGUUGGUCUGGACAUGAUCCCAAUUUCUUUCAGCUGCGGGAAAGCUGUCAGUCCCUGACGUUGUCCGGUCGUUUCUUUGGUCGGUCUUGUCCGGCCUAAGUAAAGGGUGUUAGUGUCUAUUGGUGGUCUGCGGCCUAAGAAUGCGUUGGCAAGCGCGGACAACGACAAAAAGCGGAGGUUUCGCGCCACCAAAAAGCAUGCCGGGUGAGGGACCCCGACCCCCGACCGACGGCGGCCGUAGUGAUACAUGCGGGGCCAAUGCUUCCUGUGUGUGGUUAGACGGUGCAGUUGUUGUACGGAGGACACGUUGCAUGCCGGGAACGGCCCACGCGAAUAUCUGCCCGCGGGCUGGCGGAGGGAGCGAGAAAAAAAAAGCGCCCUACGUCGUAGUACUUCGGAGAAAAACGGCUAUCUAUCAAUUAGGCCAAAUAAUUACGUGAAAAUGGUAGGGGUGUGCUUUUCUCUUGGAUAAAUACCAGGGCGAUUUUGCGACGUUGGACAACUACCAUCGUCUCUUCCUGAAGUGCUUGAGACUAGUAAUCCCGGAAGUGAUGGCUUCGGUUCUUCUUCUCCAGCAGUCCGUUGAAAUUUGUCGUGACCCGAACAACUACUGGAUAUCCGUCAUCGACGUUGGCCGCACCUGCAGUCUCGGCGACGUAUGAUACAGCUCUGCUUGCUUCCUUAAUAUAUACUAGGGUACCCCCCUGACCAGUAAAAUUAGCGCAAAAAGUUACAGACUGAAGGCCGCGCAAUGCGUGCGGCUAGGUACAAAAACCCCGCCCGCGCGUUGUCGUUCUUUCGAAAAAGAAACUGCGCGCCGAAAAUUCCGGCCAAACGCUAACGCAAAAAUCCCCAUCGGUGUCGUCCAACCGCGCUUAGGCGCGCAGCCCUUGAAGAGUCCAUCGGUAACGGGCCCCUGUGCAUAAAGAAUCCAUCUCGUCUGUCCCCGCGCGUUGGUGUUCACCGGUCGCAGCGCAGGGCAUUAGCCCGUUUACAUUUUCCUGCGGCCGACCCCGGCUGCCUGCCUGCCCCCGACCGUGUGGCGGCCGUUCCCCGCCCGCUGCCCCCUGGCGGCCCGCCCGCCCUUACCCGCGUGUCCCGCCCCCGCCCAACAUCACCCUGAGCCCUGUUAUGUUGCCUGCCCGCCCCGCUUCUGGGGACGCGACCCCCCCAUUCCCCGCCCCCGCCCGCUGCCGCCCGGCCGCCGUACCGAGCCGCGGCCCGCCGCCCGAGGGGGGUCGUGGCCCCCCCUCUCCCCGCCCCCGCCUGCGGACGCCCCGCGCUGCCGGCCUGCCCGGUCCGCCUUGCUUGGGCCGCGGCCGCCCGGCGGGCGACCCCGCGCAUUCGCCGCCCCCUGCUGUGGCCGCUUGCCCUUUCCGGGCCCGCCGCCGCCCCCCGCCGGCCGGCCCGCCCCCGCCAGCUGCCGCGCGCCUGCCCGCCCCCGCCUGCGGGCGGCCGCUGCCUGCGUGCCCGCCCCCCCGGCCCGCCCCCGUCCGCGGCCGCCCGCCCGCGCUCGCGCGCCCCGGGCCGCGCGCGGCCGCCGGGGAGGGGGCGCGGCCCCCCCCAUUCCCCGCCCCCAGCAGCUGUCGAUCCCUGCCGCCUACCCGCCCGACCCGCGGCCGCCGGGGGGGGGGCGCGGCCCUCCAUCCCCAUUCCCCGCCCCCGCCAACGAACUGCCGGUCGGUCCCUGCCGCCUGCCCGCCCGACCCGCGGCCUCCGGGGGGGGGCGCGGUCCCGUCCAUGCCCCGCCCCCGCCAACUGCCGACCCCGGCAUCUUGCCCGCCCGACCCGCGGCCGCCGCCCGGGGGGGCGCGGCCCCCCCCAUUCCCCGCCCCCGCCAGAUGCCGUUGUUCCCCGCCGCCUACCCGGCCGGCCCGCGGCCGCCGGGGGGGGCCCGCCCCCCCUUCCCCCGGCCGCUGGCGCGUCCUGCCGCCUGCCCGCCCGGCCCCCGCCCGCCCGGCCCCGCCGCCCGCCCGGCCCCCCCGCGUGCCUCGCGCAUUGCGCGCGCCCGCGCCGUCUUCAAAUUUUUUGCCGUUUUUAUGUGGCCCGGGGCUCGUAUUAAUGUUUAUGAGUCAUCCGAGCAUACUAAUUCAUGCAGUUCGCUCCGGCUACAGUGAUCUACCUAAACUUCAAUUUUGAUUUUACAUUGCAACAUAUACAUGAACAACAUGUAUUAAUACUAUGCUAGUACGAACUCUUGCAUCUAUGUUGCGGUUGUGGUUGUGCAGGAGGUAGCUCCUUGUUUCUGUAUCACUUUGACAGGCGUGGAGUAGCUCAUUGUAAAGGUAUGAGUCGCAAUCGUGUAGAUAAAUCUUCGAUGAAACUUUGCAGAUCCGCGAUAUGUUGCUGCCUUCCGAAGAGUUCGUGGGGAGUGGGCAAGCCGUCUCGUCGAUGAUGGGUGUCGCGGAUGUCUUGUCGCUGAGUUGCUUGCCAAGUGGAGCAGCGAGCAGUCCAUCCGAGUCUUCGCGCCAUGCAGUCAAGAUUGUGGCCUGUACGGAAGCGCAAGCGGUGGCCUUUGAGAAGGCGAGGAAUUACAUCCAAACGCAUAUCUUUCCACUGGACGCGGCGGCAAGGCGAGUGGGCCAAGUGGAUGUCGUCCGUAUCCACAAAAAAAGACACAUCCUCAUCCAGUUUGUCAUGCAAAACAUGCUUAACCACUGCUGGCAUUGGUCGCGACAUGUGCGUGAGGUUAGCUGUCACAGCUUUGGGUGAUUGGGCGACGCCAGACCAGCGAGCAAACAGCAGUUGCGGCCACGGCACCAGCUUGCACCGACCUUGGGUCGCUGCGAGCACGCAGGCCGGCAUCAUCGGCCGACUGCGUUGUGCCGUGCGUCGCAGCUGCGGCGCGCUCUCUAAUCCAUGCAUCGAGGGGUCGUGACAGUCCCCACACACAUCUACUUCUUCUUCUUUCUUCUUUUCUUCAUUUUUCCGAGCUUUUGCUGUCUUUCCGCGCCCCCCUGCCCAUGCAGGGGGCCGCCUUUUGUUAGGGUGGGAGGGUGGGAGAAACGACAACACGCGCCCGGCGCGCGCCGUUGCCCCUACAGCGGUGUCGCUCCCGUUAGCUGGCAGCGCUUAACCUCAUUUCGCUAUUGAUAGAUAUGCUGGACGCGAAAUACCAAUUAACCACUGCUGGCAUUGGUCGCGACAUGUGCGUGAGGUUAGCUGUCACAGCUUUGGGUGAUUGGGCGACGCCAGACCAGCGAGCAAACAGCAGUUGCGGCCACGGCACCAGCUUGCACCGACCUUGGGUCGCUGCGAGCACGCAGGCCGGCAUCAUCGGCCGACUGCGUUGUGCCGUGCGUCGCAGCUGCGGCGCGCUCUCUAAUCCAUGCAUCGAGGCGGGUGGAGAUUAACUCCCAACGCCCGCUCUCCCAAUGCUCCACCGGGCGAGAUUCAUGCUAGGCCAUGGCCAAGUUGCGCGGCAUGUUCAGCCAGUGCAUGCACUGGAGAUCACGCCCGCAAACCAGGGUCAUGCUGCCCGUUCUCUUCACCUCUCUAUCUUUUCCCAGGGCUGGCUUUCAGAUACCCGCCCAUGCAAGUAUCUAAGAGCCAGUCGCCUCGGGAAGAUAUACCCUGAGCUUCUGCUUCGCGCAGUGAGCACGCCCUCUGCGGAGGGGCGCUUGCGUGGAGCAGAAGCGCAAGGCAGCGACGCACUGGGCUCUUCACGCGGGGCCGGCAUCGCAAAGGACCACGCAACACGUUUCCGUGGGGAAACAUGCCGCGACGGGGACCUACGGACGCGACGCAUGGCAUUUUUCUGAGGUGCAGAGCGUCGCUGGGGACCGCGCGGCACGCUUCGGGCGAAGCGUGUCGCGACGGGGACCUACGGAGAGACACGCCACGAAGCUCUUAGCUUCGCCGUCGCGUCGGCAGGGACCAUAUAACACGCUUCGCUUGAAGCAUGCCCCGAUGGGGGCCCAAGAGGUAGCGCCAGCUCCUGUGGAGGUGGUGCCUGGGUCACGCAGCAGGCUUCGUGGAAGCGUGGCGCGACGGGGGACCCCAGAGCGGACACCCAACCCUUGCAGGGUUGGUGUCGACAGGGACCGCGCAGCACGCUUCGUAAGAAGCGCGCCCCGAGGGGAACCUGUGGAGACCAACACACCACACCAAGCCGUGGUGGAGUUGAUGUCGACGGGGACCACGAGCACGCUUCUCAAAAGCGCGUCGCGAUGGGGACUUACGGAGACACGCGACGCCAAACUUGUAGCAAGCUUGCAACACGCGUCGGCGGGGACCACGUGGCACGCUUCGCUUGAAGCGUGCCGUGAUGGGGACCUACGACCUCCUCUGGAGGUGGCGGGCGCGAGGGCCAUUCGGCGUGCUUCUGCUUCGUAGAAGCCCGCCGCGAUGGAGACUGCUCGAGCCGACACCAGCCAAGCCUUGCGAAGUUGGUGCCGGGGGGGACCACACAGCACGCUUCGCAAGAAGCGCGCCGCGAUGGAGACCUGCGGAGACGACACCAAAUUCCCGCGGAGCUGGUGUCGACGGGGACCACACAGGACGCUUCGCCUGAAGCGUCCCUUGGUGGGGACCUACGAGGCAGCAUCAAGCGCCUCUGGAGGUGGUGCAGCAGGGGCACAGACACAGCAUGCUUCGAAGAAGCACGCCAUGAUGUCAACCUGCGGAGCUGACACCAAGCCCCUGUGGAGGUGGUGGCGACGGGGACCACGCCGCACGCUUCGUUCGAAGCGUGUCGGGCGAGCGACGUGCGAGACGACACCAAGGAGCCCCCAGCACGGAGCUGGUGUCGACGGGGACCACGCAGCGCGCCUAACACGAGGCGCGCCGUGAUCAUCAAUGGGGACCAACACAACGCGCCUCCUUCGACGCGUGCCGUCACGGAGACGUGAGCAUAGACACGGCGCCGGAGGCCUCUCAUCUGGAGUUGGCGUGAGUGCCACGCAGCGUGCCUCGUAGAAGCCCGCCGCGAUGGCGACCGACGGAGCCGACACCAACCAAGCCCUGCGGAGUUGGUACCGGAGGGGACCACGCAGCAUGCUUCGCAAGAAGCGCGCCGCGAUGGAGGCCUGCCGAGACGACACCAAAGAGCUCCAGUGGAGCUGGUGUCGACGGGGACCAAGCAACACGCUUCUUCUGAAGCGUGCCAUGGUGGGGACCUACGAGGCAGCACGAAGCGCCUCUGCAGGUGGUGCCGGAGGGCCACGCAGCAUGCUUCGAAGAAGCGCGCCACCAUGUAGACCUGCGGAGCCGACACCCAGCCCCUGUGGAGUUGGUGGCAACGGAGACCACGCCGCACGCUUCGUUCGAAGCGUGCCGGGCGAGGGACCUGCGGAGACGACGCCAGGGAGUUCCUAGUGCGGAGCUGGUGCCGGCGGGGACCACGCAGCGCAUCUAGCCCGAUGCAUGCCGUGAUAGGGCCCGGCGCAGCGCGCUUCUUUCGAAGCGUGCCGUCACGGAGACGCGAGCACACUGCGCCAGGCCUCUGUCCGAGGCACUGCCAUGUCGUGCAGAUCUGCGCACAGCAGCAGCACUACCUUGGCGUGCGUGUCGCGCGUCCACACUUGCUGGUCGCGCAGGUGGGACUCAUUGAUUUGUUGAGCGCGGCUUGCGGCCCCACCCCAAUUGGGCGCGGGUCGCGUGGCGGAGUGCGGUAACGCGCGUCAUCAUUGGAGUGCACCUGCUUGCCAGCACAUCCAACAAAGACUUCCCGGGCGUGCAGCUCGGCUACCGCCGCAGCACAGCCCGGGAAAGCGUUUCCGAAACUCUCUCGCGCGCCUUCAGUCACUGGAGUGCACCUGCGUGCCAGCACCUCCAGAUCCGACCCCCCGGGCGUGCACCUCGGCUUUCGCCGCAGCACCACCCGGGAGUGCGUGACAGAGCAUGGCCGGCGCGUCUUCACUGGAGUGCACCUGCGUGCCAGCACCUCCAGCUUAGACCUCCGGGGCGUGCACCUCAGCUCUCGCUGCAGCACCACCCCGGAGUGCGUCGCAUACAUCUGCCGCCUCGCGCGCCUUCACUGGAGUGCACCUGCUUGCCAGCACCUCCAGAUCCGACCUCCCGGGCGUGCACCUCGGCUUUCGCCGCAGCACCGCUCGGGAGUGCGUGGCAGAGUGCGAUCUGCGCGCCUUCGCUGGAGUGCACCUGCGUGCCAGCACCUCCAACUUAGACCUCUAGGGCGUGCACCUCAGCUUUCGCUGCAGCACCACCCCGGAGUGCGUCCCGCACAUCUGCCAUGGCUACUCUCCUUCUUCUUUUUUUUUUUUUUGGUGAUAAACGGCGCAGGGCCGCCGCGGGUGUGUACUUAUUCCAAAGCCAGACCGUGCAACACCACACGCAGAGGGGAAACGACAACACGCGCCCGGCGCGCGCCGUUGCCCCUACAGCGGUGUCGCUCCCGUUAGCUGGCAGCGCUUAACCUCAUUUCGCUAUUGAUAGAUAUGCUGGACGCGAAAUACCAAAUAAAGUCCAGCCCAGGGGAUCCUUGGCCUGUGGCGCUGGGUGCGGGUGUCCACUACAUGACGACGAUGAUGAUGAUGAUGCAGGCUCGCGGGUUUUGCCUUUGUGAAAGAUCGCACGACCAAGCGUGGCAGGAUGCCGCCGGGCUUGCCAGUUUACGAAGUCCGGGCGCCGUCGGAUCUGACGGCGACAAUCUGCAUAGAGACCAACACGGGGAAGGUUUUCGCGCAAUUCAGAGCGAAGCUGGAGCAUCUGAAGGCGGAAGCCAGUCGGCAAGAGCGGAGGUCCGUCGCUUACGUGAACAGCGCGCGGGGCGCGUCUUCAAUUUGUUGCGCAGCACAGUCAUGGGGUUCAGAAACGAGCGGCGAUGAGUCUGCAGCAGGCCUGCCCAGACAGGUGGCGAUGAGUCUGCAGCAGGCGUGCACAGUGUUCGGCGGAGCAAGUGCCAGCUGAUCUGCAACACAAGCAAAACGGUGGGCACGUAAGAGAGCUACCCGAAGCGCGGGGCUUCACUUACGAAGGGGAUUGCCGGGCACCGUUAUUGGUGAGCUCCGUCGCGUCUCCGGCUUAUGGCUCCCGCCCCCCGCUCGCCCUUUGCUUCUGCUGCAGAACAUGUCAAGGUGACGCCCUAUGACUGCCACACACAACCUAAGCCCUUGCGCUGUCGUUGUGCCCCAGGAGGGUCGCCGGUCAGCCGUGACGCGGGCGCAGCUUGUAAGUAUAUGGUUGGACAACUCCGGCCCGUGCACUUGACUUUUUCGCCCGUGCCGCAGGUAAGGCGCAAACGGUCCAGCGUCCCCUGUCCGGGCGGGGUUGCGGCUUAAGGGAGAGGCUCGCCCCUUACCGCGAAGGGGUGUGGGGUGUCUUCCGUGAAAGCAAAAACGUUUGGCGUAAAAUGGGUCGGGUCCUGGAUCGAUCACUCUGUAUGUUAGGCUGUCGCGCUCGGCUAGCAGGCUGGCCGAUCUGUACUGAUCAGGUGUGGUGGGUAGUUCCCGACUGGUUGGCUCUUUUAUUGGGGCGGCUUGACGGGGUAGCGCUUGGCUUUUGUAUGGUGAGGUCGCCGAAAGUCAAAGCGCUUCCUCGCCCACCCCCCGGGGAGGAGAUCCUUGGUCUGUGGCGCUGGCGCUGGGUGCGGGUGUCUAUUGCAUGAUGAUGAUGAAGAUGAUCAUGAUGAUGAUGAUGCAGAAAGUGGAUGGGGAUGGUUUUUUUUUUGUGGAUAGUCCGCAGCGCAGCACUAUUUCCGACCUCAGCCGGGCCCUCUGUCUCCGCCGACCCGGCGGCAAAGCUGGAACUGCUCAUCGGUGACACUGCGAAACAAGUGGACAAAAAAUUGAAGAAGCUAUAUAUGGCCGUCAACUCAGGUGUUACAUUCGCAACUCAUGCAUUCUACUUAGCUGUUUGGCCUUGGGCGCCUCAUCUUCACUGGAUGCGCUAAGAUAAAGAAAGGGACUGGACUGGCCGCGCUGGCCCGACUGCGCGUAUACAAAAAACUGCCCUGACCUCAAUACGACCAGUUACGCGGCUAUGAUUGGUAGCGCGUCUUCAGCUUGACAAAUUUGCAAGUGUCGGCAAGACGAAUGUAAUAGCUGACGAGGCCAUAUUUUACUGUUGCGAGGGAGACGUGGAGAAGAACCCAGUGUUGGAAUACUUGGAACAGAUGGAGCGCUAUCACAGCGGAAAGAGCUCCCACCCCGAGCCCGACCCCUUAAGAAAAAGGAAAGUUUGCGUAGUGUGAUCUGUGCACACAAUUGUUUGCUUCAUCUGUUAUGUCACAAGAGUCGAAAAACGGCGGCUCUUCUUGCGCAGCAGCGAAGCACUUUGCCUGCUCAGUAUGACAGCGGAAGAAGGCACGACACUGCCACGGGCUACUAGCGCUGCGGCCCAGACUACACAGCACGGGAAAUUGUGCGCAAUAACAAAGCCGCGAAGUCGCAGCCUCGUUGCCAUUUAGAAUGCUAGACAAAUCUUGUUGCAGCCAAUGAAUUUCUUUGUAUUCUGGCUCGCCAGAUAGUUAUAAGACUAUCGAAGAAGCUUGUACUCGCCUUGUAUUCUACACAAACUAUCCUUCCUCGUGAGUUCGGGGAGGUUGCGUUUUUUCCCGUGAUAUAUGGUGGGGGAUCAUCAAACAGGAUUUAUCAUCGUCAUCCCGUAGUGCGUUUUUCCAUGUUGAUAUCACACGAAAGUGCUCUCUGACUGUGUUUAUUUUAUUGCAAGAGCUGCAUGACAAAGACAAGCUCAAAUUCGGGAGACACGCCAAGAAACCAACGGCAACCCGUGCUCCAUGAGGCAAAGCACGUCUGUCAAUGCUGUUUCUGGCAUUCUUAGGAAGAGGAACCGAAAAAGCUGCGUUUUGUAUGUCUUCCAUUUUCUGCAUUGCAAGUUCAUCACAGUGAGUAGAUAAUGGCUUUGUGUGAUAGUGGAGCGUAGCGGGCCAGAAGAGGUCGAGAAAUUUGGCCCCGAGCAGAAGUUUCAGUCCUUCGCCUGCGUGCGGCGAAGUUUCGCGCAGAAAAUGCUGCACCCAAGGGACCUGAAGGUCACGGCACACAGAAUGAUUCUUGCCGCCGUCAAUGGCGUCCUUGCUCCCGAAGAAGAAUUUCCCGAAGUUGCUGCUCUCGAAACGUUCGCACAAACUGCUUUCGGAAAAAAAAAAAUUUUAAAGAGCAAGUAG